UUUUUUUUGUGUUCCGGUUCGCGCUUCCGCUCGGGCUGAAUUUCGUGCUUUGCUGUUACAGUAGUGAACUAGGGAUUUGGGGAUGGAGACGGAUCUGGGGCGACAAAGCUCGAUGUGUAUAGAUCUGAUGUUCAAAUCUCGAUCUGGAGGACCUGCCGCUGCUCGAAUUGCCGCCGGCACCGGCCAGUGCCUCUGAGAAGGAAGAAACAUGGAAAGGAUCAGGAGAGGACAAGGCGGCGGCGGAGAGGCAGAACGCCUCUUUCUCUCUCCGUCGAGGAGACGGCUUCCAAGGAUUCUCUGGAGACCAAGGUGUCGCUUUCUCUAGGUACUACUUGCCUUUUCUUUUCACAAUAAAAUAUGGUCGGCGCGUCGCCGGCUCCCUGUUCAUUAAAAAAUGGGGGAAAUGAAAACUUUCGGAAUUUCUUCAAUUGUUUCUUUCAACUGGACCGUGGUAAUUGGGAGUUCUAGGGCUUUCGGGGUUCUUGACUCUAGAACAAAAGAAAUCUUGAGCAAGAAGCGUGCCCUAAUUUGGACAAGGUUUGCUUUCUCGGGGCUAUGUCGAGGCAUGAUCGUAGAAGGCUAUCUGAUGAUUAUGAGAUCGCCGAUGUCCUUGGUCGUGGGGGAUUCUCCGUGGUGAGAAAGGGCAUCAGCAAAUCAACCGGCGAAAUGAGCCAGGUUGCUAUCAAGACCCUCAGGCGGUUCGGCUACAUGCCUCCUGGGUCAAAGCGGAAGAACGAUGGUCUCGAUAGUAUAACCACAUGGAAGCAGGUCUCCAUAUCGGAUGCUUUGCUAACCAAUGAAAUCCUAGUCAUGCGGCGGAUUGUGGAGAAGGUCUCCCCUCACAACAACGUACUCAACCUUUACGAUGUGUACGACGAUUCAGAUGGAGUUCAUCUUGUCCUGGAACUUUGUCACGGCGGGGAGCUGUUUGAUAGAAUCGUGACUCAUGACCGAUACUCAGAAUUUGAAGCAGCUGUGGUCAUUAGGCAGAUAGCCAGUGGAUUGGAGGCACUUCAUAAAGCAAACAUCAUCCAUCGCGAUCUUAAACCAGAGAACUGCUUGUUCUUGGACAGAACCAUGUCCCAUUUGAAGAUAAUGGACUUUGGCUUGAGUUCUGUGGAGGAUCACUCUGAUCCUAUCGUCGCACUGUUUGGAUCGAUUGACUAUGUCUCGCCUGAAGCUCUAUCCCGGCACCAAGUUUCAGCAGCUAGUGAUAUGUGGUCUCUUGGGGUCAUCCUAUAUAUCCUUCUAUCAGGAUGCCCGCCGUUUACAGCAGCAACCAAUCGUGAAAAGCAGCAACGUAUACUAAAUGGUGAUUUUAACUUUGAGGAUCCAACAUGGAAGACUAUUUCACUCUCAGCGAAGGAUUUAAUAUCUAGACUGUUGUCAGUAGAGCCUUACAAAAGACCAACCGCUACUGAUCUACUAAAGCAUCCAUGGGUUAUAGGGGAUUCAGCAAGACAGGACCUCAUGGUUCCAGAGGUUGUCACUAAACUGCAAAAAUUUAAUGCUAGGAGGAAAUUGCGUGCAGCUGCUAUAGCAAGUGUGUUAAGCAGCAAGGUUGCACUAAGAACAAAGAAACUGAAGAGCCUGCUAGGGUCACAUGAUCUCACCCCGGAGGAAUUGGAAAAUCUACGCCUACACUUCAAGAGGAUAUGUUCAAACGGAGAGAAUGCCACUUUGUCAGAAUUUGAGGAAGUCUUGAAGGCGAUGAAGAUGAAUUCACUAAUACCCCUAGCUUCUCGUGUUUUUGAUCUAUUUGACAACAACCGCGAUGGAACUGUUGACAUGAGAGAGAUCCUUUGCGGCCUUUCAAGUCUCAAGAAUUCACGAGGAGAUGAGGCUCUACGACUUUGUUUUCAGAUGUAUGACACAGACAGGUCUGGCUAUAUCAGCAAGGAAGAACUGGCAUCAAUGCUUCGAGCCUUGCCAGAGGAUUGUUUACCUUUGGAUAUAGCUGAACCAGGGAAGCUGGAUGAGAUAUUUGAUCAGAUGGAUGCAAAUAGCGAUGGGAAGGUCACAUUCGACGAGUUCAAAGCAGCGAUGCAGGUUGAUAGCUCUCUGCAAGACGUCGUCUUGUCUUCCUUGCGACCACUCUAAGAGAGUUUGAUGAGGUUUCCCGUGACUAUUAAUGCUUGCAAUUUAGGAAUACGUAGAGAUAUAAAUGUUGGUAAUGACAAUUGUGGUUCUCUAAAGUUUGCAAAAAUCAGUGCUUGAUGCAAUUGUAGCGGUUGCACUUUACAAACAUUUUAAUAUGUUUCAAAUUAUAUUUGUAA